AUGACUUCUGCAGGCGUACGCGCCUUUCAUCCAACAUCGGAGGACGAUCCGGAGCGCGAGCGGAUCCGCGAUUUAUCGAGAUAUUACUGCACAGUGACUCAAGCAUUCCCAGCACCUGAUGCGACAACUUCGGAGGAGGAAGAGACGCUCGCAGCACCGACGGGAGAUGAACAGCCCACAGGUUGCGAGCUAGCAAAGGAUAUUACCCUCAACGCACUCGCCCAGCUCGGCGUGUUCCGCUUCGACGCCAAUCGCUGCUUUGUGUCUAUAAUUGACGGUGAAACCCAACAUAUUAUUGCCGAAACGACAAAAUCAGUGUCGCUAAGAGAUAAGAACCGCCACAAACCAGGAGAUGGGAUCUAUCUCGGAGCACGGUCACUGGACCUGAUCUGGGGCGUAUGUCCCCACACUGUCAGCUUGUUCACAGGCCGCGCGACCAACGAUAUUGAUACCAGCAAUAUAACCGCCAAUCGCACGCGCUAUAUUAUCCGAGAUUUCACACUGGAUGAUUGCUUCAAGGACCGGCCUUAUGUUCGAGAAUGGCCACACAUGCGCUUCUACGCAGAGGUGCCUUUGUUCAGCGCAUCUGGAUACGUUCUGGGCUCUUAUUGCAUCGUCGAUGACAAACCAAGGGCGGAGUUUGGAGAUGACCAGGUCAAUGACCUCCAGGAAGUGGCGGAUGCCAUCGGACUACAUUUGGAGAAUGUGCGAAUCAGCCAAGCCCAUAUACGGACGGAAAAAUUGGUCAAGGGCUUGACAAAUUUUGUCAAAGACCAUGUAGACUUCGAUCCUAAAGAGGUCUCUAACCAUGGCCGUCUUCAGUCUAGCGUCCACGCAGCAAAUCUCCCACAUGAAACUGCCGCCACUACUGUGGACGCCGAUGACUCCGAUACUACCCCGGUUCUUGAUGUGCCAUCAAUUCAUGCUGUUAAAGGUGUUUCUCCCGAAUCUGCGCAAUCAUCUUCCUCGACCGUUACGGGGGAUGAAUCUGUGUUCUUCUUGCAAGAUCAACGCUCCACGACCGAGCCUUCGUCUCUCGACUCCGGUUUCUCGGAUCGACCAAUGGCGCUGAGCCCCGGCGAAGAGAUGUCGAUGCGCGAAGUAUUGAAGCCAGGAGACACCAGUGUACUUCAGGGUGUUGAUCAAGACUUCUCGCAGCUAUCAUUGUCAGAGAGCACGCCCAUAUACGAACGCAUUGCAUCAAUCUAUUCGCGUGCAAGUGCGCUGCUUCGGGAUUCCAUGGAUUUGGAUGGAGUUGCAUUUAUCGAUGCCUGUCCAACCGAUUUUGCCUUUGUACCCGAAGAAUCAGAAACUUGGGAUCCAUCAACAACCGCAGAUCCCGGGUUCCCGGCUGCUCCGCUGCCUACCCCUCUCGGGCUUGCUAGGGCUGUGUCGCAUGAGUUUGACCUUCCAUGCGACAUUUUGAGUUGUGCGCUAAAGUCGCCAUCUAAAGGAAAUGACGGUCCAAACAAACAACCUAGUAUACCACAGGGAUUGCUCCAUCAAAUGCUCAAGUCCUUUCCUCAAGGCCACUUCCUAAGUCUAGAGGAGGCCGUUGAUGAGGAUAAGUAUCCCUCAAUUGAUAGCCCCAGAGCCGUUGAUUCUCAACUUGAUCCCGACACUCAAACUUGUACAAAACAUCUUGCGCGGUGUCUUCCCGGUGCUAAAUCUGCCCUGUUUCUUCCUUUAUGGGAUUGGAAUAAGUCACGUUGGCUUUCCGGGGUUCUGGUAUGGACGACAAGCAGUUUCCGCGCGCUUGGGCUCGAAGAGUUACACUAUUUCAAGGUUUUUGGUGAUUCUUUGAUUUCUGAAGUUUCUCGAAUUCAUUGGGCAACUACCGAGAGAUCAAAAUUCGAUUUCAUAUCCUCUGUCAGCCACGAGCUUCGUUCACCACUGCACGGGAUACUGGCGAGUGCUGAAUUGUUACAUGCCAGUUCUCUUAGCCCAUCACAAGAAGAUAUGGUGAUGAUGAUCGAAAAGUCCGGAUUGACAUUACUGGAUACAACGAAUCACAUGUUGGAAUUCUGCAAGGUCAAUAACUUGAGACAUACGGACAGGCUGAAUGAAAUGAUCUCAGAAAAUGACACGACCAAUCUUGUUUCCGAUUUUGACAUUAGCCAUUUGGUGGAAGAGGUUGCAGACAUAUUAUACACCGGCCAGCGAGCACCUGAGCAGGUGAACCAGCUCGCUAAAAGGAUGUCAUCGAACAAGGAAGCAGGCGAUUCAAUCACCAAGGAUUUUAGGACACAAAACCAAAUGUCUGUUGUCAUACGAGUCGACCAAGCGGACACUUGGAUGAUUCGGUCCCUAGCAGGUGCCUGGAGAAGAAUCGUGAUGAACCUUCUUGGCAAUGCCAUGAAAUGGACAACAGCUGGGUUCAUCGAAAUAGCCUUGUCAAAGGCGAGGGAUCGAUCAGACUCACAUUCGCCCCUUGUUCACCUCGCCAUCACUGAUACUGGCCGUGGAAUUGCGCCCGAAUUCAUCAAACACAAAUUGUUCGCCCCGUUUUCUCAAGAAGACCCGCUGUCUGAAGGUGUCGGGCUGGGCCUGAGCACGGUACAGCAAUUGGUCAUGUCACUUGGGGGACAUGUCAAUGUGAGGAGCGAAAUAGGCAUUGGCACUCAAGCUGAUGUCUAUAUCCCGGUUCAAUAUCUACCGGCUAGUCUUGAUCCGCAGUAUAGCCCGUCACCGACAACUACCCAGCCAGGAACCACCCCAAUGCAGGCGUGCCUGGUAGGCUUUAAUGGUUAUCCCGACCUCACAGAGACGCCCACUGGCAUUCUUACUGUCGAAGGCAAACGAAAUCUUUCCAUUCAGAGUGCACUUGCAAACAUCUUCAUGACAAAGUUGAAGUGGAAUAUCUCUCUGGCUGGCUCCAUCGAGAAGGCUCGCGGCCAGGUCAUUGUCAUUGAGGAAGAACUCCUCAGACAAACUAUGGAUAAAAAUGAUCAACUUGUUUCCGAAAUGGCGGCUCAGAAUGGGUUUGACUUCUUCAUCGUGCUAAGCGGCAAUGUCCCAAUCAUACUGGACAGCCUUUCCGUCAGCAUCAUCCGCAUUGCCCAACCAUUCGGACCACAGAAAAUUUACAACGCCGUUGAAAAGAUUAUGAAGUGGCGCGAAAUCCAAAUACAGCCUGCGCCCCCUGCGCCCGACGCUGCUAUCCCACCCAUAUCUCUACAGACACAAACAGAAAGCAAUUUAGACUCGGGCUCGGAUCUCAAUGCUAGAGGGACGUCCGAGUAUCCAAACGAAGCAGUGAGCUCACUGGGAGGAUCAAGCAGUUCCACACCCCGACCACCCAGCAAGCAAGCAGCGGCCCAUGUUCUCAUUGUGGACGACAAUGAAAUUAAUGUCAAGAUUAUGGCCACUUUUAUGCGAAAAAUAAACUGCAGCUAUGACACAGCCCACAACGGCCUUGUUGCACUGGAGAAAUACAAAUCCUCCGACUGUUACUACGACUUCGUCUUGAUGGACAUCUCAAUGCCAGUGAUGGACGGCCUCGUCUCGACGAGCAAAAUUCGCGAAUUUGAACGCGAACAUAACGUCAAACCAUCAUGUAUCAUGGCUGUCACUGGAGUUUCCUCCGCUGGUUUCCAGCAUCAAGCUACUACGGCUGGUAUCGAUAACUACCUCAUUAAGCCCCUCUCUCUUCGCGCCCUUAAGACUCUUAUGAACAUUGCAUGA